GGCCGAGCGACUAGGGGACGUCGCGUCGCCGGGUCUCGAGCAGCUGCUGCGGAGCCGCGGACGGACCGCCAUCCCCCCUGUCCCGCCAUGGCUGAGAGUGACUGGGACACGGUGACGGUGCUGCGCAAAAAGGGCCCCACGGCCGCCCAGGCCAAGUCCAAGCAGGCCAUCUUAGCAGCUCAGAGACGAGGAGAAGAUGUGGAGACUUCCAAGAAAUGGGCCGCCGGCCAGAACAAACAGCAUUCGAUCACCAAGAACACAGCCAAGCUGGACCGGGAGACCGAGGAGCUGCACCACGACCGGGUGACCCUGGAGGUGGGCAAGGUGAUCCAGCAGGGCCGGCAGAGCAAAGGGCUCACGCAGAAGGACCUGGCGACGAAAAUCAACGAAAAGCCACAGGUCAUCGCGGACUAUGAGAGUGGCCGGGCCAUUCCUAACAACCAGGUUCUGGGCAAGAUCGAGAGAGCCAUCGGCCUCAAGCUCCGGGGGAAAGACAUUGGGAAGCCGAUCGAGAAGGGGCCGAGGGCGAAAUGAACACAAAGCCUCGAAAUCAGCGCGUCCCGGCUGAUCUCGUCUGGUUGGUUCCCCUUUGACCACCAGCGCGGCGUGGGUCUCCUCACGCGGCCGCGCGGAACACAGGGCGGUAGCCCUGCCCGGGAACCCCCCCCCCGUACCUGCUGUCAGACUAAC